GAACACGUGAAGAUAUGUAUGACGAAUGACCGACCAGCAACAUCAUCAGCUGCUAGGUGGCACACGCGCGGCUCUAGUAGUACAUAGGCGGGGUAGGACACCACGACAGCUGGGGCCUGCAUCACCGCUCCAUCGGCAUCGGUUGCAACGAACUCAAGUCUCACACUACAAAUGGAAGGUCUAACUGUCGAGGCAUCGGUUGCAGGGCUCCUCGAAGUCAGCGACAAAGCGAUCGACUUUCUCUCCAACGUUCCCGACGCUCCGCAUAUCGCGCGCGACCUGCUCGCCGAAGUCGAGGAACUACGUGUCAUCUUCCGCCGGCUCGAGACGUUCCUGGCCAGCGCCAACCAUGGCGAAAUCCGGCAGGAUCGCGCGUCCCAGGUCGAGGUCGACGACCUCGUUACCAUCUUGACCGGCACCGUGUGUACCUUCUCCGAGCUCGAUGGUGUGCUGGAGCAGUACGACGGUGGCGACGGGAAGAAGAAUCGGCGUCCUCAGUGGGGUCGACAGAGCCUCGAUAGGAUCUCCAGGAACCUGCAUAGCCAGAAGCGCCCGCUAGAUGCGUUACUCUCGAUCAUGAUGGGGGACGAAGCCUUGCCCGAAAGUCCGCAAACUCAAAUCGGAACGGACGAAUUUAAAGCAAUGGUGGCGAACUUGCUAUUAGACCCUGAUGUUGCACGGCGGAUGCGUUCUUUCGCUGCUACUGCGGUUGACCCCGACGCAUCCUCUGCCGUGACGAGAUCAACGGUACGCCCAAGGGCGGCCACUCUCUCUGCUCCCGUCGGGGACGGCGCUUCCAUCCUUACAGAAUCCUCGCAUAGAACGCCCGCUUCCUUUCAUCGCGCGUUCGAGAAAACUCUGGUCAAGAGUCGGGUGUACAAGAAAGUAACACGGAAAACGUCGAUCGACUCCUUCCACACGACCGACACGAUGAGCACUCAGUGGUCACAGGUCAGCGGACUCAGCCUGGCGCAACUCUCAAAUAUAUCGAUUGUCUGUCUGCCGGUAUAUAUCGUCGAGUUGAAUAACGGACACAUGUACCAGCAGAAGGCACCAAGUGGGAUCGGUAGCGGAGACGGAUCGUUCGCGACUGCAACUCUCAUAAGAUUACAGUGCCUUCGGCAGGGCGGCCUCAAGAUUAGCACAAUGAUGCGCCUCCGCCUACUGUCGCCCACAGCACGGGUCUCGCUAUUACACACCUCCGCCAAGAGCGGCGAUGUCGACACGAUCAAGAUGUUGAUAGAUAACCUGAAGGUAAAUCCGGACGCGUUGGAUGACUUGGGCAACGCGGCACUGCACGACGCUGUGACGAACGGCCAUAUCGCCGCCACACGGCAACUACUCGACUGCGGUGCGGACAUAAACGUCAUGGACAACGAUGGCAUGUCCCCACUCCAUCACGCGGCCAGCCACGGUUCCGAGUCCAUCGUACGACUACUCCUCGAUCUAGAUGCCAAUAUUGAGGCCACGGAGAAGCGAGGCAGGACACCACUGCACUUCGCCGCCUCGGAUGUCGACGGCAGUAGUUUGCAAGCGCGUCCGCACGAUUCCGAUGUCGCCGUGCACACUCCCGGUAGGGUGUCCGUGCAUGACAAUGCGACGCCGAAGAAGCUGCAGGACACCAUACGCCUUCCGCUGCAUUCCGGGACUACCGUCACGACCACCGAUCUCGCCCACGACUCCGAACCGCUUCCAUCCGCGGCGCCGCGCCGGAAACCCGCGGUAAUGCGAUUGUUACUAGAUCGUGGCGCGAAUAUCGACGCCGGAGAUCUGUGCGGGUCCAGGCCGCUAGACUUCGCUGAGGAAUGUGGGAUCCCGUGGGCUGUGAAGAUGCUGGUGGAGCACGCUUACGACGUCGCGGGGAGGGACGACAAUACCAAUACUCGGCUACCGAUCGCGCCGCAGUAGCGGAACCUGGAAAUCGAUGUACGGAUCUCUCGCGGCUUAAGCAGCAAUGGAUCGAAGAGGAGUAGUAGGACGGCGUCGCACCCGGGCUCGGGAUUGCCGGUGAGUCGCGAAGGCGCGAGACCUGAUGCCUGUGCUCGGGAGCGAAAAUGAACGGGUAGAGGGAGAAAGUGGAUGGCAGGUUGAGGUGUUUCGGGUGUUUCGAUGUUACGGACAGUGUGUGUAUGCCGGCGACUCACGCGCUUUCGACGGUCGUGGUGCUGCAUUAUCCUGGUGUGCGAGUGGUGAAUUAAGGUGCGAGAGGAUAGAUUACUGAGUUUCGGCGUGCUUGAUGCGAAUAUUUCCCAACUGUAUUUUCGGGUAUUUAACGAUCGAGGGUUCCGAUGUAUGCGAAAUGAUUUAUGGA